GGAGCGGACGGACUUAAGGAGUUCCACUCUCAGCUCCUCAAUGCUCCCCGUCACACACUCAGCACUCGCUCUACUGCUUCCUCCCCGGCAUUAGUAUAGACCGUGUACGUCUGGAUUGCUAUUGCUGUUGUGAUUUUGGUCCCCUCAGCGGCCCAUGUAAGGCUGCAGCAUCACCUACGUCCAGGUACAAUCAUCGCUGACUGGCUCUAACUACUGUUCAGAUGCUGGGAGACAAGGCUCACGGUGUGACUCUGAAGGUUAUGGAAUACACAUAUGAUGAUGACCUGGAAGAGCUGUGCCCUGUGUGCGGAGACAAGGUGUCUGGAUACCACUACGGUCUACUCACCUGUGAGAGCUGCAAGGGCUUCUUCAAGAGGACCGUGCAGAACAACAAGCGCUACACGUGUGCGGAGAACCAAGAGUGUAAAAUAGACAAAACCCAGAGGAAGCGGUGUCCGUUCUGCCGCUUUCAGAAAUGCCUCAACGUCGGGAUGCGGCUAGAAGCGGUGCGAGCGGACCGCAUGCGUGGGGGAAGGAACAAAUUUGGGCCCAUGUACAAGAGAGACAGGGCCUUGAAACAGCAGAAAAAAGCCCUGAUACGAUCCAACGGCUUCAAGAUGGAGAGCGCGGCUCCUCCGUCGGCCUCUCCGCUGCAGACUGACUAUGGCUUCACCAACACCCUGCACACCCUCCCCACCAUUUCUAAAGGUCUGCUGCCCUCCACCCCGAGCUCCAUCACCCCCACAGACUACGAGGCCAGUCUCUAUGGACCCCCAUCCCUGAGUGUUGCCAUGCAGUCCCAUGUGCCUCUCACUGCUCAAUACCAGUACACCACCUUCCCUGGAAGAGCAAUCAAAGCUGAGUGUCCUGACUACACCAGCUCCCCCGAGUCUCUGACAGGAUACCCCUACCCCGAUAUGUACCCCUCAACAUCACCACAGCUGCCCAGCCUGCCUCCACUGGUGCUGGAGUUGUUGCAGUGCGAUCCGGAUGAGCUGGUUGUGCAGAAUAAGAUCCUCACUCACCUGCAGCAGGAGCAGGGCGGCCGGGGCCGGCUGGAAAAGCCCAGCACGUUCAGUCUCAUGUGUCGCAUGGCAGACCAGACACUUUUCUCCAUCGUGGAGUGGGCUCGGAGCUGCAUCUUCUUCAAGGAGCUCAGGGUGGGAGAUCAAAUGAAACUGCUCCAUAACUGCUGGUCUGAGCUUCUGGUGCUGGAUCACAUUUUCAGACAAGUGCAACAUGGAAAGGAAGAGAGCAUCCUGCUGGUGACGGGCCAGGAGGUCGAGCUGUCGUCAAUCUUGUCCCAAGCUGAGGCAACUCUGUCCAGCCUCGUCCAGAGAGGUCAAGAGCUGGCAACGAGGCUGCGAGUGCUGCAGGUCGACCGCAGAGAGAUCGCCUGCAUGAAAUUCCUGCUACUGUUCAACCCCAAUGUGAAACUGUUGGAGAAUCAGGCCUUUGUGGAGGGCGUGCAGGAGCAAGUGAACGGGGCCCUGUUGGAGUACACCAUGUCCACCUACCCACAGUUCCAGGAGAAGUUCAGUCAGCUCAUGGUGCGGCUGCCUGAGCUGCGCACCCUCAGCACACAGGCUGAGGACUACUUGUGCUACAUGCAUCUGAGCGGUGAGGUGCCCUGCAACAACCUGCUCAUCGAGAUGCUGCACGCCAAGCGAGCCUGCGUGUGAGGCUCGGACGUCCAGUGACACGAGCCGUGUGUGUGUGUGUGUGUGUGUGUGUGUGUGUGUGUGUGUGUGUGUGUGUGUGUGUGUGUGUGUGAGCGAAACGAAUGGGUGAAGUGAAGAAAAAGUCAAAUGAAAAUACAAAUGGUUCGUACUGGGGCAUUUAUGUAAGCACUUGAGAUGUGGAGGAGAAAGUAUUUUUGAUUUGGAGCGAUGAAGCUCAAUCUGUAUUAACCUGCCAAGUGAUAUUAAUGUGACAUUUUUAAAUGGAUAUUCCCCAGAUUCAAGAAAACUGAGCUAUACUGAGCUCGUAGUGUUACAUUCAUUCCUCCUUAUAUUCCACAGAGCUGCCCAGCAAACAGUUAGACUCAGAUAAAGGGGCUUUGGCUGCACCCAUGUCAAACAGCUCUUCAUCAGCUGCUGCCUGCAUCCUAUUGGAACAUUUACACCUGAAUAUGUUUCUGACAUUUUAAUGCCAUUUUAAUGACAACUGUGUUUCACCACUGGGUGCUGUCAGCUGAGAACCAGCACUUGCUGCGUGAGCUAAUGUGCACUUUUAAACUUUGUAGCCUCUUUUCAGCAAUGAAAUUUCAGCAUAAAAAAUUGGGCUCUAAUAUUAGAUGCAACUUUACGAUUCCAAGACCAGCAGCACUGUUCCUGGACUAUUACUAUUAAUCAUUUGUAGAUUAAGACACAUUUCAGGGUCUAAUCUGACUGGACUAGCACUACUUGGAUCUCUGCACUUGUUCUUUUAGUCAGCAACCUUGUUAAAAAUUAAGAAAUCUCUAAUUUUAGUAUAGUUUUCUUUGGAUCUAUUUAGAUGUAAUAUAUUAAUAUAACAAAGCCAGACAUGUUAAGUAAAAAGCAUUCAGUCAUGCAGCAACUGAAUUCUACUAGUAGUCAUUUUAUUCUUAGGAAAAUAAAAUAAAAUGAAAAAGAGAGUAAAGGAGAUUUUAAACAGCAAACAAAGACAGAACACACUGUACAAAGUCUUGCUUUGUGCCUGAAAGCAGAAAGCAGCAGGGAGAAGAAGAACAAAGACACGACGAUGUGAGGGAGGGCUGAACGACGACGCUGGCAUUUUGUCUGGUUUAAGUAAAUGCCAAAUGAAAGAGGAAGCAUCUGUUUGCCCUUCGCUUCUCAGACAGACGCCGGCAGAAACAACACAAGGGAAAGGAUGUGAAAAACUAAUUAUGGGUCAGUAUUAAUAUAAAACCAUGAAGUUACUGUAUCAUCAGUAACUUCAUCAAAGUUCUCUUCUGGGCUGUGGAGGCUUCUUUGUUUUGCACUGAUGCUGCUGCAGAAAUGUUUUUAUUACAUAAAAUGUUUGCAAAUGUUACUGUUUUUCAAUUAAUAAAGAAGCAUCACACAAAUCUCACAAAAAGACCAAACUCAACUGGGUUCAUUUAAUUAUGUUUUUGGCUGAAGACAUAUGCAGAACAGAAAUCCACUGACACAGAGCGGCUCAGUGCUGCUGUCAGUAACAGCUUGGCAGCUAAGCGAAUGUGUCGCUUUUUCCAGUUCCAUAUUUAGGAUUCUCUCCUACUUUUUACUACUACUACUACUGUAGUAGUACUACUUUUCUGGGAUGCUGUUGAUCCUGUCCAGCUUCAUUUAGAUAUGUUUCUUUAUCAUUAUUGGUUAUCGGCCGCAUGUGGUGGAGCAGGACAUUCACAAAGACGUGCCUGUUAUGACUCACUACAGUGGGAAACAACUGUUGAUGUCUCACCUUAUGGGCUUUGACUGCUUAGUUACUUCUUACAAAACGCUGUCAAUGAGCAAAUAAGCAUUUGAGUCACAGGAGUUGGGAUUCACUGGACUUCAUGAGAAACACAACUACUAUGUUAUGUGAUGUCACCUGAAACAAAGUAGAAAGAGUUAAUCUCUUUUGUUUUAAGGUGCUAAAAAUGAGUUUAUACUGAUGACAGUGUAAUUAAAAUUGAAUGUCAACAGAACAACGAUCCACUUAAAGCAUCGUCCAAGUUGUGCAGUUCAACCUUAACUUCAUCUUUAACUUCACUCUGGAAACCCUCUUUCCAAGGCGUGAGAGGCAUCACAACAGCUGCCCUAAGUUAAUGACUGCCUGCAUGCAUGCACGCGUGCACACACGCACGCAUGCAUGCACACUGGUUUUCCAGCUGAGACAGCUGGGUGUCAACACUGUGUACAGUAUAGUUAUGUUGUGAAGUGAAUCUCCUGCAGUAUGAAGAAACAUUACAACCCAAACCUUCUCCGCUUUAUGUUCAGGUCCAACGGCUACUAUGUGGAAUCAGUUCCCUCGAUGUUGCCUUUGUUUUCGCUCCUAGUUGACUUUUCUGCUCCUGUGAGUUGACAGUCUGUCUUUUCCUAAACUGUGCUAUUCUCCCAAAAGUUUGAGAAAGUGACCAAAACAAUAUGUUUUCUUUAAAUGUAUUUUGUUGUAAUAUCAUCAAACCAAUAAAAUUCAGUGAAACCAAA